CGACCGCCGGUGCCAAGUGCAUUUUCAGUCGCGUCAAUGUAUAUAGACGUGUUUAAACGACUUUUUUUUGAGCGGCUGAAUUGUUUGAAAAGAAUGUGUGUAUGUCAGCGACAAUGCAGCUCGUUUGCCAUGUCUAAGGCAGCAGUGAAGAAGCUGCAUUGGCGCUCUAAAGUGCAGGAGAGCUUCAUACCGCUCGACGGGGCCUCAGGUGACCUGGGUGUGGCCGUUGGAGGCGGGGCUGACUAUGGAGAGUUCCCAUUCGUCACUGCAGCCCCUGGGGGCGGAGUCACAGUGGGCGAUAUCAUCCUAGAGAUUGGCGGAACCCCGGUGCUGGGGAUGACACUAGGGGAUGUGCGGGGCGUCCUCAACACCUGUCCUCACCCCGUGCGCAUCAAGAGUGUGUCACCAGGCUCCACCCUGUGUAAGGACUUGCGGCUGUACCUCAGUAAGUGCUUCACGCCGGGCUCCAUGGACAGCCAGCUGCAGCAGGUCAUCCGGGAGAACCUCUAUCUGCGGGCCGUGCCCUGCACCACUAGGCAGCCUCGUGAUGGCGAGAUCCCUGGGGUGGACUACAACUUUGUCUCGGUCGAGGAGUUCUUCUCUCUGGAGGAGUCCGGGGCCCUGCUGGAGAGCGGCAAGUUCAAAGGCAAUUACUACGGCACCCCUCGUCCAGUUCACAUAGGGCCUGAGAGCCCCCCCAUCACCUACCAGGAGCACCGCAACCUGCUGAGAAAGUUCCGGACUCGCAGCAAGAGCUUGAGCCACCUGGAGAAGGCGACCGAGGAGGGAGAGAACAGCGAGGAGGACUCGGGACUGUCCGGAGGUUCAGCUGGAGCCUCCAGUCUCCCCGCGCCCACGCUAUCGCCCAGCCAAUCACGUGACUCCAGCGGGGGCGACGGCAGCGCCCUGGAGAACGGCUUCGGGAGGCGGCGGAGUUCCAGGAGACACGCGUCCCGCCAGAACUGGGAGAUGGUCUACAGCGACUCAGGGGACCCAUACUACGUAGAUCACAACUCCAAGACAUCCAACUGGAAUGACCCUCGACUUGGCAGCAGGGAAAACUCCUUCAUCAAAACAGGCUUACCAGUGUUUACUGACCAGCCUGGGGAGCUGAGGGGCUACUCCGUCCACACACGGCUCUCCAAGGGCCCCCGCGGCUUCGGCUUCAAUAUCGUGGGCGGAAGUCGGCCGCGUGAGUUCCUGCAGGUGUACAGCGUCACGCCCGGAGGCCCACUCGCACUCAACACAGCGGACAUCCUGGUGUACAUCAAUGACGUGUGUGUGCUGGGCUCGUCCCAUAAGGAGGCUGUGGCGAUGCUGAAGACCAUCCCCACUGGCCACAGCGUGGACGUGGUGGUGCGCAGGGGAUACCCCAUGCUCUACGACCCCGACGGCUGCCCCAAGCAGCCCCUGCCCGUCCUGCCGGGACCCCCGCCCCUCUCGUCCGGCCCCACCACCACCCAGCCCCAGCCCCUGCCCCUGCCCCACCUGCACCUCAAUGGUGUGCUCCCGCACCACGAGCGCACCUACACGGGCAUCCACGCCCGCAGGAUGGCACGGCUGAGCCUGGACGCCAACGGCAACACCGCCUCGCCGAUGUCCUCGCCGCCCCGCGGGCCGCUGUCCUACGCGUCCUACUCCAACGUGGGGCCGGGCUUCCGCCCACGCUCGUCCAGAGGGCUCCAUCACCACCUGCACUACGCCCAGGACAACCUGGCCAGUCAGAGCGACAGCGAGGUUGUGUCCGCCAUCGGCUCCCACAGGGCCUCACUCAUCCGUAACCACAACAACAACUCCCUCUGCGCUCCCAGCCCUCUGCGCCUUCACUCGGCCAAGUCGUCUGAGAGUGACCUCUCCACUUACGCCCCGGUCCUCCCCAUCUCCCACCUGCCCCUCCCGCAGCCCGAGGUGGGCCUCCCCGUCCCUCCUCCCACGGGCACCUCCUCGCUCACCUCCUCCCCAGUGCGGAGGCCCAGCAGCAGCGGCAGCUUCCACCGGCCCAAACCGCACCACGCUCUCCUCACGCCUCCAACCCCUGCCCGGGGACUCGCCUCUGACCCCCUGGGCUCCGCCGGAGGGGGGUCGCCCCACUUUGGCUUCAACGGUGUAGGGGCCAGCGGUAGCAGCGCCGGGGGGAGCCCCAACAGCAGCAUCCCAUCCCCAGGAGCCAUGAGCAGUGGGGGCAGUGGCGGUGGGAGUGGGGGUGGGGGCAGAUUGGGGCUGGACCUGGGGUUGGUCGGGGGGGAGCUGGUCCCGGUGGCUCUGGGGCAGCAGAGUGAGGCGGGGGAAGGACUGGGGUUCAGCGUGACGGCGGGAGGGCAAGGGGGGCGUCUGGCCGUGGUCAAGAUGGUGUUGGACCGCCGGCAGUGUGCUGGGCUCCAGCCGGGAGACGCCAUCGUCAAGAUCAACGGCGCUGAUGUGCAGAGCCUCAGCUUCGCUCAGGUCCAGAGGGUCCUACAAGAGCACACCAAAAGAGGAGAAGUCGUUCUACUGGUUUACAGAGGAGGUUCCAUAUACUCCUCUGUUUCUCCAGCCUCCAUACGUAGGCACCGACCCCCUCCCUCCCCCCACCUCUCCCGCGACCCCCAGGCCCCGCAGAUGGACUCUGUGGUGCCCCGCACCUCUAUGACCCCUCCCCCUCCCACGCUGGUGCGCUCCUCAUUGGUGCAGAGCACCAGCUUCCUGGACUCAGUGCCUGUCACUCUCACCAUGGAGCCUCGUGAUUGGAUGAGCGCAGAUGAGGCGGGCAGCCCGCGGCCCAGCUCGCGACGGAGGGAGGAACGGGAGAAGCUGCGGGCGGCAGCGGUCACUCCGCCCGUUCCCCCAGCAACCCCGCGCGGCUACGAGGUGGAGCUGAAACGACGGCCGGGCGAAGGGUUUGGAUUUGUCAUCGCCUCGCAGGACGUGGAGAACGGCCGAGCCACCUCUCUCCUCCCUCAUCGUUUCGUGACGGUGCGGAGGGGGAGCCCAGCAGCCCGGAGCGGUCAGAUUCGCCCCGGAGACCGGCUAGAGGCGGUGGAGGGCCGGCCAGUGGUCACACUGCCUCACCGUGAACUCGCCCAGAUCCUACGCCGCGCCGGGAACACACUACGCCUAACCAUCGUACCGCGUUCCAGCGCACAUGCCUCAGACAAUGCUGACUUUGACUCAAACCACAGAACCAGGAAGGGCCACAGGUCUCGACCCAAGCAGGACUCUAGGUAUUACAGUGUGGAUCUGGAGCGAGGGCCCACUGGAUUUGGCUUCAGUCUGAGGGGGGGCAGUGAGUACAACAUGGGCCUCUAUGUGCUGGGACUCAUGGAGGGAGGGCCUGCCCAACGCAGCCACAAGAUACAGGUGAGUGAUCAGCUGGUGGAGAUUAAUGGCGACAGCACCACGGGCAUGACCCACAGCCAGGCGGUGGAGAGGAUCAGGACGGCGGGUCACCACAUCCACCUGGUGCUCAAGAGGGGCAACGGCUACGUGCCCGACUACGUGGAGCUUUCCAGCCUCUCUCUCUGUAUGACCAACUCCAAACUUGGCGAGCCUUGCUUCUAUGUCAUCGGCCGGACAGAGAAUACGCGGUUGGUAGUCGUUCCUGCCGUAAUCGCGCAGCAGCCUUCCCCUCUUCCUCUCUCCACCCCCCUCAGUCGCAUCUGGUUGCAGUAGACAGGAGGGGUCGGAGGAUAUGGGCAGGGGAGAGGGGGAGGCCACAAGGUCAAAAGGUCAGGAGCCCCAGUUCUUCAGGGAGGCGAAGCCUGUCAGAGAGAAGACGUAAAGGAGGAGGAGGAGGAGAAGAGGGGAGGAGGCGG